AUGGCCUCCUCUUCGUCCUCAGCUCCAUCCAAAGAUCCAUACCUUCAGCUCAAGGGUGUGGAACAUAGGAAGCUCGGUGAGGAAUCUGGGGAGGUGAUGGAGCAGGUGGACUCUGCAGGCUACGAACACCAGGAGAGAGGACAGCACAAGAGAAAAAACCAGCAGGAUGAUCUUUUGGAGAGAAGGAAAAGGCGUAUGAGAGAGCCAUUACAGAUGCGGUCUGCGGAAGAGCCUGCGCAGGGGAGAUUUGCGCUCAUGCAGAAGGACCACCCGGUCAAGGAGUCCGCCUCGAAUGACAUCAGGAUAAAAGAGGACCUCGCUUCUGACUUGAUACCCUCUGAGAUGCCCUACGGGACUGAGACUGUCCGGUGGCACAACGGCCAGGUCACCGUACUUCCUGCAGUCAUGCGCGACGGACACAAUGUCCUUGAAAAUGAUGCAAAACGUGUUCGCCAGAUGGCAGCCCUCCCGAUCUCAUCACCAGCUUCCUUUCGCGUCGACCACAUCGAUGCAACGGGCCUGCAGGACGGAGAUCUCCGUAGUCGAGUAUCUGCUGCUUUGAGGGAUGGCCGUUGUGCGGUCGUACACAGGGCAGCGGAGCCGGGCCCUGAAAAACUUACUCUGCAAUAUCUACAUGAUCAGUUUGGAAUAUCUGACCGGCUGUGCUCCCUCCACGACAUGGCACGACGCGCUGAUGAUUGGACACACCCCCACAAAGAUGGGACCAUAGGGCGCCUAUUGGAUGGAAUUCAAUAUCCUGAUGAGCAGCUUUGCGCUCUGGACAUCCCGCUCCCUGCCUUUACGGUCCCGUCGCCCUUCGAAACCUUAGACCAUGCUGCCGUCUAUGCAUGGGGCGAGACCACACAUGAAUACCCCUUGGAAGACACCCGACCCCAUCCAGAUGCCUUCCUGAACCGAAGUUGGGGUCUUCUGCAUCAAGCCGGAAUUUAUACAGCUCCUCACCAUGACUCAAAUGGCCGCAGCACAUUUGUCAGAAUCGUGUCUGGCAUGAAGAUGUGGGCCGUUUACGACCUGGAAGAUACCUCAACAUCUCGUGACGAGGCUUCAGACGCAUUCUACAGGCUCUGUGACAUAGACAGCGAUCUUUCCCAACUUCCGAAGGGCUUGGUGGCAGAGGUCGUGGUGCUCCACGCGGGCGACAUGCUAUUUAUGCCACCCGGGAAAUUUCAUGAGGUCUAUACGCCGCUGGUGACGUUUGCUAUGGGUGGGCACUUCCUUUCUUACCUCACCAUGCACCUGUCCGAGUGGUCAUGCUUUCUGGACAAUCUGUACGGGUCUCUAUUUACCAACCAGGAACAUCAAGAUACCCUUUUGGUCCUGCGUCGCAUGGUGGUGGCUGUCCCACGGUUGUCCCAUUGCAAGCUGUACUAUCGCGCAAUAGUAGCACUCUGUACCAUGGUGCUCAACCCAGGUCAGUAUAUAUCACAGCGUGCUAGUGAGGAUGGAGACAUGCCGCAUCAAUUUGGCAAGGGGGGGAAGAAGGCAAGGAGACGGAAAGCGGUUAAGACUGCUUCUAAAAAUAACGUAGAAUCGAAGCACUGCAUUGACAGGGCCGAUGAAAUUGCGAACCGUGUCCUGCAGACCCUUAAACUCGACGGCUCACGGGCUGCGUCGGUCUUGGAUGACCAACCAUACGAUGAGGUGGGAAAUGAGGUCGAACUUGGGGACGAACUUGCACAGUUCCAAGCAUAUUGA